CGUUGAAAAUGACCGAUGAACUCCCAGUAGGGGUGAAACAUCAAGUGCGCCACAACGGCUUCCUGCAGACGUGCUACCUGGACCGUUCUGAUCAAACUGUUCCUGAAUAAUUGAUAGACUCCAACGUUUAAAGACUUAAGGGUUCUCGAGGAAUGCUUCUAAGGACACUUAAGGAAACGCUGAAGCCGUGAAGACGUCUCACAAUUAGGGGUAAUUUCUUAAGGCUCGCUGGGCACCGGGUUCAGCUGGAGAAAUCCCACACAGCUGGUGCACGAAACUGAGCGGGACGUUGCACGGUUGUACGCAGUUACCGCUAGACAACACUGAUACCAUCUCUUCAAGCCGACAACUGAGAAAUCAGCACAGUCAGACAUGCAGUACCUGGAACUUGAGCCAAAAAUGCAAAGAAGUGCUUCAGACAAUGGGCCACUAUGCAACCUACCAGAGGUUGUUUCCUGUUCGGUGGAGAAAACACGGGGUAAAUUCCAGUUCCAGUUCAACCCCCAGAGCGCAGGAAGUUACCUGCACCUGAGCAAGAACAACACCAAAGUCACCAAAGGGAAGAUGCAGAAAUGUCACUCCCUGCCAGACCUCAUCACUACCAAGCCACUUUCCAGAAAUGCCUACACGAUUCUGGGGAACCGCGCCAUAUCAGAGGGAAAGCAUUACUGGGAGAUCCUGACGGGGGAGGGCUCCUUUACCAUCGGGGUCGCGUACAGAUCUGUCCGUAGGGACAAAGACAUCGGCUGGACAAAGAAGUCCUGGGGCCUGGAAAAACAGAAGUGGAUCCCGUCGAUGCUCCACGAUUCCGUGUUCAAAGCCCUGGCUCAGGGGGAACAGACUGAGGUGCGAAUUUCCACUUGUCCCGAGAGGAUCGGUGUUCACCUGGACUAUGACCUUGGCAGCGUGACCUUCACAGACCCAGCAACACAGGAGGUCAUCCACACUUUCAAUGUCACCUUCCAGGAACCAGUUGUUCCAGCCUUCUCCCUGUAUAAAGGUUCUUUGUCCAUCUGCAGUGACUAGUUAUCCUUGAUAGCUUCAUGUAGUUACCCUGGAUUACUUCCGGGACGGAAGUAUUGUUUUGGGCAGAUAAUGGGCGGUUUGUAUGUAUCUUGUGCUGUUCAGCAAGGAUUGGAAGUGAGUGGGUGGAGAGAGUCUUUUAGUUGAUUGACAGGGUUGUGACCCAGUAUGCCCUGGGUGGUCAUACUGCCAGGAAGUCUACAAUCUCUUAUUUCCUGUUGACAACGUUUCAACACUUUCAUAAGAAGAAGAAGUUGAUAGAUCGUGACAAUGGAUAUAAAUUCCAAUUUCCCCGGCAAUUGCCAGAAUUUUUUAAUUUUUGUAGUUAAAAUAUGGGAUGUUCCCCUCCGGAAUAUCAUAGAUAUUGUCACAGUUCUUGUUUUGCUUUAUAUUUAGCUACUGCUAUAUAAAAAAUUGCCUUGUACUAAGAUAGAUAAGGUACAGAAUUUUUUAAGUGUGAAGUCAAGCUCAUUAUCUUAAGUUGCUCUGAUACAUUAUCAGAAAGUUUUAUAUUGUAACCACAAGCACAAGAUUCAGUGAAAAGAAAUUAUAUGAAAUCAGAAAAAGGUUUGAGACAAGCUGUUUUACAGCAAUGCUUUAUGUACAGUUUAGAUAUACAAAUAGUCUAGAUAUACAAAUUGGAUAGCUUUAUUAAAAUAGGCAGCACAGCUGCCAAAAAUGUUUCAAUAAAGGACUUUUCUCAGCUAUUUCCUCUGACGUUUCCAUGACUUUUUGCUUUAGUUUUGCUCUACUUUUCUCCUGUGAUGGUAUCAUUGCAAGCUAUGCUUCAUGCCUUUUUUUUCUUUUUAACACAAUUGAUUUUGACCAAUCAAAGGCCAGCUUCCAUUCACAUGUCUAAAUAUCAGAAUAACUGCCAGG